UCCCCAGCCAUGGCCAAGCACGAGGACGAGUUGGACCAGAUCAAGUCCCAGAUCCAGGAGCAUCUUGUGUCGUCCGGGAACUACGACGCCAUCAACAAGCAGUUGAAACUUCAGUUGUACGAGGCAGGUUGGUUUGACAAGAUGUCCCAGAUCGCCAACCGUGAGUUGCUGGAGAACGAGGGAACCCGCAACUUCGACCAGUUGUACGCGUUCAUGAAGCCCAAGGCCGAGGAGUUGGUGCCAGCCAAGGUGAAAGAGGAUAUUUUGGAGAAGAUCAAGGCAUACUUGAACGAUAUCAUUGAGUAAAGCAGUAGGAAGGGUGGUUGGAAUGGAACUGAUCGUGUUGACUGAAGUUUCAAAAGGGCACUAGACUGGUGCACCACGCUGCUGGAAGCCAUCUGUGGCCAGUUAUGGCUAAUGUGAUUGCUAGCUGUCAUUACUGUUUUCACCUCCGCUGCAUUGCUGCCCCAUAAAAUAGCUGUUGCUGAUCCAACGAUGGGGAGAGGGCCUGGUGCCAAAUAGCACCAUGCUGGAGUUGCCAUACAUAGCCACGGGGUUAUUAUAGUCCAG